ACUUUAUUGCAGCACUGACUACAUCCCGUUUGCACGCAGUCGCCGAUUUUAAAAGAGACGUUGAAGAGGAGAAUACUAUAAUUAUAUAAUUAAUUUAUUUAUUUUGUGCUUAAAGUUGAUAUUAAGACCUUUAUAUCAAGAAGUAUCAAAACGUAUUCAGUAUUUAAUGCAGUAUAUAUGAAUUUCUUCAUUUGAAUUUAAAUUAUAAUGCAUCAAGCUCAUUCAAUGGCCGCAACUGCCGCAAUGGCUUAUCAAACUACAUCCAGUUUACAACGAUCGCCCUUCGCUAUUCACGAGCUACUGGGACUUAGUGAAAGACCUCCACCUCCUCCUCCACCGAUCCCUCCAUCCGCUCAACUUGACUGGCGACAUGUUCAUCUCCAACAACUUGCAGCGUCUGCAAUGCCGCCUCAUCAUCAUCAUCCUCAUCUCCACGCAACACCGACUGAUAUGCACUCUCAUCAUGAGAAUACAAAUGACCUAGAUGCACUUGGUCGACCAUUAACUUCUUCUCCAACAAACGGAAACAAGAAAAAAAAGAAAAAGCGGAGACAUAGAACAAUUUUUACAUCUUAUCAGUUAGAAGAAUUGGAAAAAGCGUUCAAGGACGCACACUACCCAGACGUCUAUGCUCGAGAAGUUCUUUCUCUAAAAACUGAUUUGCCUGAAGAUAGAAUACAGGUUUGGUUCCAGAAUCGCCGAGCUAAAUGGAGAAAAUCCGAGAAAACAUGGGGUAAAGGGUCAAUAAUGGCUGAAUAUGGCUUGUAUGGUGCAAUGGUUAGACAUUCUCUUCCACUUCCAGACUCUAUAGUGAAACCAACAAAUGAGGGGAAAGAAGUGGUUGAAUCUAGCGCUCCCUGGUUGCUGAGCAUGCAUAAAAAAUCGAUCGAAGCGGCACAAAAAUUGAAGGAGGAAGAAAUGGAAAAUUUUCCAAAUAGUAAUGACCAAUUAAAAGAGGAGAGUAUUGCAAAUUUAAGAGCAAAAGCUAAAGAUUUUUCCAGUUCUCGUGAUCCUUCAAAUGCUGCUUUUAAGCCCUUACCAUUCGAUUCUUCAACGACAUCUUCAGCCACCUCAACUCCGUCGUCCCUUGACCCGGGAACUUAAUUAGAGCCGAUAACGUGCCUCGUUCGCCCUCCAAAUCAUUCUGCUUCACCAAACUUAAUUCAUUUGCGAUUCGCCAACGAAAUGUUCACAAUAUAUACGGUGCUUUUUAUGUCUUAUACAUCGUUGUAACAUGUAUCCCUCUAGUUACUUUCUUGUUCGUUCCUAUAUAUUUUAUCAAAUGUUAUUGAAAAAAAUAAAACAUAUAUGUAUCAGCGUAUUGUAGAAUCUAUUCUAUUCGUGCUGCAUUUGUGUUUAUCUGCUAUUCAUGUGCAAAUUAUAGAUAUAACUAAUCUUUAAUUAAAUUAAUACAUUUAUA